CUUAUGCUUCACAAUGUCUCGCCAGCCGCAGGAAGGCAGGCAAAGGUAUUCCUCCGGAGCCUUGCUUCCCUCUCUCUACACCAACAUUGCCAGUAAAUGUGAGAAGCAGACAUGGCGCCCUACCCAGAUCCGACCUCAGCAGAGACCUCGUCGUCGCCGCAGCCCGUCGCGGUGCGUCAGGAGGAGGAUUCCGCUCUACCCGGAAUGAAACGCGGUAUCGCAAUUGGAGUAGCCUGCUCAGUCGGAAUCAUCGUGAUUGCUCUUGUUGCGUUCUUCGCGUAUAGACGGCGAAAGCAACAAGCUGCAAAGCCGAAGCACACCAAGCUAAGCCCCGAGGAGCCGGUUGAGAUGGAUGCCGGAGCUGCCUUCUGGUCCCAGCAGGAACAGGAAAAGUCGCGACAUGUACAGGCGAUACCGAUCGAAGCUGACGCGCGCACAAUUCACGAGCUCGACGGCAGCGAAGUACCGGAGCUGCCAGGGCAUUAUGAGCCUCAGGAGCUCGCCAUAAAGAAGACACCACGAGCAUCAUACCACGCCGGCGACGAAGAUGCGUUUGGCGCAAAUGCGCAGCAAUGGCACAACUGGAACGUUGCGCUAGAUAACCAUCAGCAUCAGCCCGCUCUAGAAUCCGCACGCAACAGCAACCCCUACCUGGAAGUGUCGCCGACUCGACAGGCAACGAGCAUAUCGCCAGUCGCAGAGACGAUGUUUUAUCCACCAGCGCAGAAUGCUUCGCUCGGUGUAUCCCCCAUCGCGCCGUCGCCAUCUGUGCCGUCGCCGCUUGACUCUGCUCAUUUUACCCCGCCGCGCACUGGCCAUACACAUCAACAACGCUACUACGAUCAGGCAAGGCGAUCGAGAUGAAAAGACGAAAAAUUCACAAAGAAAGCAGAAUCAACAACAAGAAUUAGACUAAAUGUACAAACAUCAUGUAUUGGUAUCGUAGCAUGCCACC